AUGACCCCGCAUAUCUUUGCCGAAGACUUGCCACGAUCUCAUCCGUUUGACAGUAUCGACAGCACCGGUAGUAUUGACUACAACACCGAUAAUAUGUCGAGGAAUAGGACAACGAGAAUGCGGUUAAGAAGCGAUACAACUCUGUGUCAAGGCUUCGGCGGCAAAGACUCUUUGGACCGAUUCGGUGAUGACUUGUGUGAAGUCUUAUUGUCUUUCCUAUCACUCUCUUCGCGGUUCCGAUGUGAAUGUGUGUCCAAACAGUGGCAGAGAGUGGUAUACCAGACACAAACGGAUCUCAUAAUUAGUGGCUGCGGUAUAAGCCACAAGAGGUUUGAAUGGAUACUAAGAAAGUGUGCAAACAUUACACACAUUGAAUGCACGGCUUAUGUGUUGACCGACUCUAUGGUGAACUCAAUCGUCAAACACUGCCGUCAUUUGAAUGCAUUUCUGAUGGACUGCGGCCCGAGUGUCAACACCAAGACUAUCGACACGUUUUUCGCGAAGUUUGCCAAACAAUUGAAGACAAUCCGUGUCGUCGAUCACACGGAAAGUGAGACUAUUUGGAAGUCAUUUGCAAGAAAUGUGAAGUUUUGCACGAAUUUGCAUGAAUUGGAUGAUAGUUUCCGCGACUUCUGGUACAAUAUUCCUAAUGUGGUGUACAUGCGGAUCGUGACCAACAAAAUCACGGCAAAUGUGUUGAAUAGUGUGUCGAAACUCAGGAAUAUUCGUUACGUCGAACUCGACGGCAAUUCCACGUACAGACAAAAAGCUGUCCAGAAUCUCGCGAACAAAUGUCCCAAGUUAUACUGUAUUACAAGCGUCUAG